AUGAAAGGCCAACACAUGCGACGGCAGCCAACUGUGUGGGCCUUCAGCCGUGCCAGCGCCUUCUGGGAUGUGACCAUGCCAAACUUCACUCCGUCAGAUUGGAUAGCUCCUUUCAGAAGGUCAGAAGAGACCUUUUCAUAUCUUUGUUCCAAGCUCCGUCCAGCCAUGCAGAAGAGGAACACCAACUUCAGAGCCUGCGUGCCACUCAGGAAAAGAGUUGCAGUUGCACCGUGGAAGCUUGCAACUAACAGUGAAUACAGGAGCAUCGGGCUUCCUGUUGGUGUCAGCACGACCUCUGUGUGCCGCUGUGUGCAGGACUUCUGUAAGGCUGUCUGUAAAGUCUUGCUUGCCGAGGUUAUUGCUUUUCCAACUCUGCAAAAGCUACAGGAAAUGGCUGACUAUUUUGAGACCCGGUGGGGGGUUCCUCGGUGUGUGGGUGCCAUCGAUGGUUCCCAUAUCCCAAUAAUCGCACCACAGGGAUUCCACACAGACUACUUCAAUAGGAAAGGUUGGCAUUCCAUAAUCCUCCAGGGCAUUGUGGAUGGCAGAGGCAUGUUCUGGAAUGUUAAUGCAGGUCAGCCAGGUAGCUUACAUGAUGCCCGUGUGCUGCGAUUGUCCACAUUUUGGGACUUGGUUGCUCAUGGACAACUGCACCCAACUAGUACCAAGAACACUGAGGGAGUAAAUGUAGGCUUUUAUGUGCUCGGGGACUCUGCCUAUCCUCUGCAGGACUGGCUCCUAAAACCAUUUUCAGACAACGGUCGUCUCACUGCUGAGCAACAGACGUACAACAGGAAAACGUCCAGAGCCAGAGUUGUGGUCGAAAAUGCAUUUGGGAGGCUAAAGGGUAGGUGGCGAUGUCUUCUGAAGAGAAACGACAGUGAUGCAGAGCUUCUUAAACACAUGGACCUGUUGUGUGCUUCACAACAUCUGUGA